UGUUUACAAACUGUUUGUAUCUAUACUGUGACAGAACAACGUAACACUCAUUCGUUCCAAAUUGUUUUAAUUUUGCUAUUGUCAACCUUAUAGUGGUCGAUGUAUGUAUGUUUAUUGCACGCACUUAGCUAUUAGUUAACUAACGCCUAUGUUUCUAUUCACAUAGGUUGUUUUCUUCCUUACACAGACUUCAGUCCUGAGGAUUGGGGUCCUGAGUUUCCUCUUAGCUCCUCGUCGAGGUACUCCAUACCGAUGCCAACGCUUUAUAGCAAUGAUGGUAACAAAUACAAGAAGCCGAGUAUAAUAGAGCUGGUGUUGUACAACAUGGCGGCGCUUCUGGGUGGCGUGGCGGCUGGGUAUGACCUCAGGAUGUCCAACGUCAGCCCACUGCAUCCCACACUGCAACCCCACAGAGGCGAGAUGGAGUCAGAGCUAGUGCCGACGAGUGUGUUCGAGGGCUACGCUCACAACACCUACCACGGACCAACGCGACAUCUACGUGCCCCACUCAACGCCAUCACCGGCUCGCCUAUGUCAAGUGUUCAAGUGGAGGAGCACAAACCUCUGAGGUUCACGGACUCCCCCUCCCACUACGCGCAUGCCUCUUCAUCAUCCGGCUACGGACAUUCAGCUCAGCCUCUAUCUGGUACUUCUGGUCUGGGUACAAACUACACCUCAACCCAACCAACUCCGUCACCCAGACGAACCUGUUCCACUACCUCAGAUCACUUAGCAGACCUAUACCAAAACUACAGAGAAAACUUCCAACCCUCGCCAUCAAAAGAGCGGCUUCAAGACUUCUACUUCAGACCUGACACAUACCAAUACGACAGAACAGCUGACUAUGUUGUCAAACACCCUUACUACGGAUACGAGGAGAGCGCCUCGUUUGAGUAUAGAGAACCUACCCCCGACUACAGACCUUUUUUGGCACAUAGAAGGACACCAUCAAACUCCUCUACGUCCAAUUCCCAUCCUGAUGAAUUCUCACCAUCCCGACACUAUCGGGAGAAGUAUCCAAAAGACAGAGAAUACCGUAGUCCCAAAAUGGAGUUUCCAAGAAAGUCCAACGAUUACUCAUUACCGCGGGAAACGUACAGGGAACAGGAUGUAGAACGCCCGGCCAACUUGGGCUUAGAAUUAGUGCCAACAAAGCUUAGAUCGAGCCUGAAAAAGUACAAAAAGUCGUCGGCCUCUGGAGGCAGUUCUGGUGGUGGGACCCCAACAAAUCCUACACCACCUGAUAGUCUCACCAGCGAGACAGAUAGCUCGUAUGUCUCCGCGCGAGAUGUUUCCAGCGGAUCGCAGUCCAGGGUCAGAUUUAGUCCGGAGACUAUGGAGGCAAAUUUGGAGCGACGGGCCUCGAGGCAGUCGUAGCGAAGGCUGAAGAAGUUCGACGAUUACCUUGUUUGAGGGUGUCGAAGAACGCUUGUGCUUCAUAGCUUAUUCAGUUGUGUGACUCUAGGGUUUGUGAUGUGUGAAUUAUUGUCAAUGAUUACUGCUGACUUUGACAUGUGACGUUUUGUAAUCUGUGGCGACUAGCUUCUCAAUGUGAUGUGACCUUUAAGUCAAUUUGCACAAAUGGAACUGUGAAAGAGAUUUUAAAAAUUAAUUUUUGCAAUAUGUUGCGGUUAAAUCUAUUAAAUAAGUAAAAUUUAAUUAUGUAUGAAUUAAAUAAAAAAUGUGUUCAUUAUAAUUUAACAUCUAAUCAUUAACUGAGCAUUAGUAUUUUUGAAUAUAUUUCAUGAACAGUAUAGAUAUUGUAUAUAGAUUAACAUAUAUUUGAAUCUCAAUAGCAGGAUUUGUCUGUGGCAGCAAAUGUCUUUGUGCCUCCCUUUAUUCACAUUCUUUGAUUGAAUAAUAAAGGGUGGGCCAUCUAGUGUUUUAAAUUUGAAUCCGCAAAAAAAAAGCCUUGUGAUUAUUUUUUCAAAUUUCUAUUUUUUUAUUGGAAAGGUAGAAUUUCGUCAUAGAAGAAUUGAACACAAUAUCAUUCGUAUGACCACCACGACAGGCUCGGGAGUACCCCAUCCGAUCAACCCAAUUUUUAUUAUAUUUUCGAUUUUUGGCUUGAAUCUCUUCAAUGGCAGCUUCGAUUUCACGUUUCAACGUUUCAAUUGUCUCUGGUGGUUAGCGUAACAUUUAUCGUUAGUUCCCCACAGAAAAUAAUCCAAAGGGCUCAAAUCACAAAUUCAAAUAUUUUUAUUCAAAAUAGGAUGUGACAUCACUUAUUGAAGUCAAAAACUACCACUCAUUCCAAAAUUAAUGCCUCAGACCUGAGAAGAAUGGGCGCGACAAACUCAGCGGGCUUUUUUUUUCAUCAAAUAAAUAUGUUUACAAAGUAAUAUUGUGCAAUUAAACUUAUUUUUUAAUAGCCUGAGGGCGGUCACUCCAUUCCCAAUCUGUGGUAUCAUUAAGAAAGUCAUUUAUGUUAUAGUAACCUUUAACACACAAACGUUUUUUAACAAUUCUUUUGAGUAACGUAAUACUUUUGUUUUGAACAUUUUCUGGGAUCUUGUUGUAAAAGCAUAUACAUCGACCAACAAAAGACUUACUAACUCGACUUAGCCGAGUAGUAGGCAUCAUAAGUUUAUGUCUGUUCCUGGUGUUAACAUUAUGGUUAUGACAGAUUCUGGCAAAUUCACUUAUGUGCCUAUGAACAUACAUUACAUUAUCAAGAAUAUAUUCAAUACAGCUCCGAGUUCCUAUUCAAAAUAGAAUAUAAUAUCACUUAUUGGAAGUUAAAAACUACCCAUUUGAAAAAGUAAAGUAAGUUUUUAAUAUUUCCCAAUUUUGUUCGAGCAUAAUAUAGUCUUUCCCAUUUUGUUAAUGUCAAACAUAAAACUAACUUCCUGUCAAACAAUGAAUGUCAUUCUUCCUUUCAAUGUCAAAGUAAUCAAUACUUCAAAUUUAAAACACUAGAUUGCCCACAGUUUUAGAAAACGGUAAAUUCGCCCCAAAAAUCCUGUUUUCGAGAUCACAAAUCAAACGAUAUUGUUCUUAUGAUAUUAAAGAAUUUAAAAUACAUAAUGUGAAGUGUGUUUGCUCUGGUAUCUGAAUAACCUCGAAAUUUUUAAAUAUUCAUAAUUUCAUUCGGGUGUCAGUUUCUAAUAAUAAGAUUUUUUCUAACAAUUGGAUCAAAUUAUGGUUUAAUAUUUAUUGUACAGUUACCAUCAAACCAACUACUUUUACAUACUAAUUAUAUCUCUAGAAACCUUUCCUAUAAACAAUAAUGAAAUAUAAUGAAAAUUGUCGUUAUUCUUAACUGUUGUAAUGACAAUGUUCAAAUUUAAUAAAAGCUUUAAACUAAAAAAAUAUCAAUCCGAUACAAAGUACAGAUAUUUAAUGAAUAAUAACAAAAUUUUGUUUAAGUAGUUAAGUGGUUCGAAUCUCUUUUUGUAUUGUCGCGAUAAAAUAAUCCACGGACGAGUAAAAAUAGAAGGACUCCGCGCAGUGAUAUUAGCAAGUGAAGCACCGUUAUGCUAGUGUGUGUGCGGUUACGGGGGAUACUAGUUCAUAAUUUUUUCUCCCUUAAAUAAUCAUAUAUGGCCACAAAUACUUAUAUAGUAUCGUUUUUACACUUUUUCACAACGCACGACGGCAUUUUAAAAUAUUUUAUUGAGACGCAAACUGAUCUGUCAUACACGAUGACAAUUCUCAUAAUGGCCGCCUAUCGGCCUGUAGUAGUGUGUGUGCGUGGGGCUAUGUAUUUACACUUUAAUCGGCUUGUUUUGGUGCUACACUGUUAUGUAAGGUGACACGGAGUCCUUAUUUUUUUCCUAGUCCGUGGGAUAAUCUUGUAUUGUAAUAAAGUAUUAGCAGAAAUGAAAUUAUAAUAUAAUGUAAGAUAUAAUAUUACGUAAGAAUAAUGGCACAAAGCUAAAUGUGUGUACAAAUUGUAUAUAAUGUACGCAGUGUUAUGACAAGCUUUUAUUUAAUUUAAUUUAAUGUGUUAUGAGUAACAUUACCGUACUGAACUAUGCUACUAAGGGGGGUGGUACACUCGCAUGUUUGAAAUAUUUUAUGUAGAACAGUAUUAACUUUGCAUGUUAUUACAGCCUUUUUCAUUUAAAAUUUAAUAUGAGCAUGUAUAGUUUUCAUCUUCAUAUUUGAUUUAACACUGACAUGUUCAAUUUAAUUUAAAAUAGUUUCUUCUCAGAGCGCCAUUUGUACCCGAAGCGGUGGUAGUUUAUUAAUGUUAAUCCUGAGAUAUUUUGAGAAAAUAAAUGACAAAAUAUUUUUUAGUUUUGUAAGAGGGAUAAAAAUAUUUAAUCCUCACAGUACUAUUCCUAGAAGAUAUUAUGAAAAUUUUAUAACAGUUCAAAACGAAAACGCCCCACUUUAUGUGUCAAAUUGACAUAUUUUGUACAGACUGCUCAAGAAGUGAGCGUGCGGUUAAUUUGCGCUUUGAGUUGUUAAACUUUUCGAAAAACCAAAACUACCCUCUUUAAUGGCGAAAUUGUAUAUAUGUUUUUAAAAUAGUACAAAUACAUUUAGUAUCGGAACGAAAUUGAUAAAUAAGUGAAAUUUAAUCUUUGUGUGCAUAUUGUAUAUUUGAGACGCGGUCAAAUGAGUUUUGUACAAAAUAUAUAGAUAUUUUCUACCGAAGUAUCGAACUUAAGUAGUGAUAGCAGCUUUUGUAUUGGACAGUUAGUGUUUAGGAAAUUUGGAGUUACUAGUCGGGAUUUGCGAACUAUAUUUAGUAUAUAGAUAUUGUAUUUGAUAUUAGGCUUUAUACGGAACACUGGAGUUUGAUGAUACUGUUGAACGAGAUAUUUUUAUCGAUCGCUGUUUUAUAUGCGAAUCAUUCGAAGACAUAACGGAUUAAUUAUUGUCAUUUUCAUUUGAAAUCGUACGAGUAGCGGCUAGUUGGUUUGUCUCCAGGGACAAUACGUGGUUAAAUACUAUUUAUAAUCAGGGACCGUAUAUUUAUAUCGUAUAUGUAUGUUGUGUGUUGAAUAAAUGUAGUUAUCGAGUGUAAGGCGUCACUCGCAAUUUAAAUAAUGUAAGAUAUAUAUCAGAACGUAAUUAUAAAAUUAGCUUUGGUAUUACUAGCGAAAAACCCAGUGCCUAACGAUUGCUGGAAGUUCGGAGGGUAGAUUGAGAUUUUGAUAUUUGUACGGCGAAAUGUGUUGGCUUCUAAUUCUGUUUGCCAGCCCAGUGACGAGUUAUAUUAUUUUAUUUAUGUGCAAUAUUUGGUAACAUUUUGCGUCCAUUUUGUUUAUAUUUAAUUAUUAUUAUUUUUUUACAUGAACCGUCGUGGAUUGACAGAAAUUAAGUACAGUAUUCGAUUUUAUUAAUAAUUGUUUUAUUGAAUAUUUUUGUAAUUAUUUUUUAUUUAAAAUUUUGCAUAGCCUGUGUCGAUCUUACAUAAGCAUAGACAAUAAGACAUUAUUUGUGGUCAUAAUUUCAAUAUUAACUGUGCUGGAUUUACAUAUUUGGAGACAUCUUGUAGUCACUUCUAAGAGUUCUUUAGAUAAAAGUGUAAUCUAAUCUUAUGUGACUGUUUUCUCAUGUUUUCAUCUGUUAAAUUUUAAUCUCCUUUACGUUAUACUUUAAUCUCCAGUUCAUAUGUAAUGCUGCCCAAGUAAAAAGAAACACGUCAGUAGUCUCACUAGUGUGCGCGCGCCUUUAAACUGACGGAUAGUGGCAUAGCCCGUGACACGUUUGAAACUAGUACAGCAAUGUUUGAUUUGACACGUAUGACGCUCACAAUAACCACCUACAAGGCUUUACAGACAAAUAUUAUUAAAUUAUUGUUAUUUUAUGUGGUUUUAAAAAUAACUUAAGUAUUACACUUUUUUGACAUCUUAUAUGAUGUCAGUAACUCAUAUUUUUUUGUGAAUUCAUUUAUUUUUGUGCAAGCUAUGUGUAAAAUUCUCUAAGUAAAUUGCUGAUUGAAAUAGCCAAUGCAUUUUCGUUAAUAUUAAAAAAACAUUUACGAAUCGCUAUAUCGAAUACUUCAUUCCGUGUUGAUAUUGUCUAUGGUUAUGGAUUCCCGUUGUUGUUAUGAUGUUAGUACAAACCAAAAUAUAACCAAAUUAUUUUAAGAAUCUCAUAUGAUUGUGGGGCUUUCUUUAGUCACAAACUGUUAUGCAUCCAGUCAACGAAACUGUUGUAAAUUCACGGCGUUAACUUAAAACUCUAGUCUCGUUUAUAUUUUAAUUUAAAUCUGACGAUUUGUAUAGCAAUGUUGGCAAUACUGAACUUUGAAUCUAACACUGACCUCUACUAAUAUACCACUAGACUGGCGGCUGUCAAAGUGCUUUUGUGCCUGUUUGAUAUUCGCCAUUUUGGUGCUGUUGGCCAGUGAUGACAACCUCAGCAAACGUCGAUAGAUGAAAAUAAAAUGUGUACUUUAUUACGUUGAUUCUUGAAGAAUAAAUAACACGGAAAACGAAUGAAAUUAAUUCAAAAUGCAAAAAUACUUCAGAGUAUUGUUCGUUCCUUCGCAGCCAUUUGUAUUAUACGUCAAAAUUAGUUUUCUCGACGCUCGCAAGUGGCGCUUCAAAUAGGCACACAAAAUUUGCUGUCAAACGUAGUAUGGAACAGCCUGUCCUGUGGUAUUUGUAUAGGUCAGUGGAAUCUAAACAGCUGCAUUGACAGUUACAUACCAUACAGUAUUUUAAACUGAUUUUUUUUUAUUUUAAUGUCCAUCUAAUGUUUAUAAAGUAUCUUUGAUGAUUUGUAUGACAUUUCGUUCGAUUUAUAUUAGUUUUUUAUUUAAAUAAGGCUUAUUUACUUCACUUACUGACAACAAAAUUUGACCAGUGUUAUACAUAUGAUUAGAUAUUGUUAAGUAUUGCCAGCGGAUCGGAUGUCUUAGUCGGAGCAUUCCUUUGUGAACCAAACAUUCCAUGGAUUUGUAGUGAUAUAAUGCUCAUUAAAUUAUGUGAAUGUAUUGAGGAGCUGUGUGCCAAUGUGUGGGAAGAAUGCCUUAAGUCUGGAUCUUAAACCGACAAAUAAAUAUAGUAUUAAGCUUUUUA